AUGGCAGCUGCCCAAGACCUCCCCCAGGGCACUGACGCCCACGCGCAGUCAGGUGGAGAGAAAGGCGUACACGACUCUGAACAAGGCAUCGCCGAAGUCUUCAUCGACCCAAAGCUGGAGGCGCGCGUCAUGAGCAAGUUUGACAUGUUCUUGAUGCCUCAAAUGGCUUUACUGGUCAUUAUUGCUUAUCUUGACAGAUCCAACAUUGGCAAUGCCAAGACAUUCGGGUUCGAAGCAGGCCUAGGGCUUUCGGGUAAUCAAUUUGGAAACCUUUCGACCCUUUUCUAUCCGACGUAUGUCGCCUUCGAGAUCCCUUGGGUCAUGGCCGUUAAGCGAUGGGGCGCCAAUGCCGUUUUGGCCAUCAUCACCGUCGGCUGGAGCAUUAUUACGUUGGGCUCAGGCUUCAUACACACUUAUGAGCAGGGCAUUGCCGUGCGCCUACUACUGGGUGCUUUCGAGUCAGGCCUAUUCCCUUGUCUGACCUUCGUCAUCUCGACCGUCUACUCGCGCGAGCAGCAAGCCAAGCGCGUCGCCGUGCUUUACGGCGCUAUCGCUCUGUCCGGGGCCUUUGGCGGACUCAUUGCCUAUGGCAUCCAGCUCAUGGGCGAGCGCGCCGGGCUGGCGGCCUGGCGGUGGCUUUUCAUCAUUGAAGGGGCUGUUUCCCUGGUCCUCGGCAUAGCCCUCUGGGCGACGCUACCGCGCGACUCAACGCGCGCCUGGUUCCUCAAUCCCGACGAGAAGGAGCUCAUGCUGCGACGCAGCCAACGAGACGCAGCCUACAAGGGCGACGACAAGUUUUCGUACAAAUACAUCAUCCAGGCCUUUCGCGAACCCAUCAUCUAUAUCGCCGCCGUUGGCAUGUUUUGCUCAUCCUUUCCUCUAUUCGGCUUCGGCACUUUCCUGCCAACAAUCAUCAUGGGGCUUGGGUACAACUCCUUGCAAGCCAACUACCUAUCGACCCCGGUAUACAUAUUCGCCUGCAUUGUUCUCAUCUUUGUAGCCUGGCUGUCCGAUAGGCUCAAGAGACGCGGCAUUGUCGCCAUGCUGGUGCCCAUCUCCGUGCUGUCAGGUUAUGCCAUCGCCAUUGGCACAGCUAACAGUGGUGCUGGCCUGUUCGCCAUGUUCCUCAUUGCCGCUGGUGUCUAUCCAUUCAACACGAUUGUCCUGACAUGGGUCACGAACAACUUGCCCAAUGAGCACGUACGCUCCGUCGGCAUCCCAUUGCUUAUCUCAAUUGCCAACAUGUCCGGCAUCGCAUCCUCGCAGAUCUACCCCUCCAAAGAUGCGCCACGGUAUAUCAUGGGUAACUCGGUGUCGUUAGGUACGGAGGCAGUAGCCCUCCUUGCCGUGUGUGUGCUGUAUGUCUUGUUGCGACGGAAGAAUGCUCAAGCCUCCCGCAAGUCUGAUGGCACGCCGGAAUUCACAUACUUUUUGUGA